AUGGCAGCACCAGCCAACACCGACGCGCUCGGUCUGCUGAGUGCCGCCCUCAACUCGCCCGACAAGCAGAAUGAAGCCCAUCACCUCAACGAGCUCUACAACCUGCUUCAAGUGCAGCCGGGCAACAUUCCGAUCCUGCUGCCUUCCCUCAUCUCUCUCCUGCCAAAGGCCAGCACGUCGCUGCGAGCAUGGAUAGCUCUCGUCAUGGAUCUCGCCUUUUGCCGGCCCGCUCUGUCCCAAGACACAAAAGCCACCCUUGCCAUCCACGCACCCGAAGCCAUCCUCUUGCUCAUCAAGGACAAGGACCCGCGUCUCGCAAAGAUCGCUUCCCAGUGCUUUGCCAGCAUGUAUCCCGUCCUUUUCCGCCUCGUCUGCAACGAUCGCGCCAAAUCAAAUCUCUGGCAGACCGUUCAAACCAUCAAGGCGCAAGUCGUUCACCUCUUUGACCAUGGAAGCCAAGGCGCCAAGCUCGCCGUCAUCAAAUGCUACCAGCGCAUCAUCCAGGUCCAGUCGCGUGGCUCCACCGACCCUCGCGCACAGCUCAAGAACGACGUCAGCCUCAACGCCGUUCCAGCCUCCCACCCUUUCCUCAACGCGACCAGUCUCGAAGAGGAGGGCAAUCGCCUCUUUACCCAGAUCGUCACCUUGAUCUUCACCAGCGACGUCACCGACCUCAUCAUGGCUUCGGUCAACUCGCUCACCGUUCUCGCCAAAGCGCGUCCUCAGCUCGGCUCCGUCAUCCUUCGCGCCAUGGCCACGUGGACCCCUGCCAGCCUCACCAACCUUUCUCACACCCAAGUACGCAACGUCGAGAAGACGGUUCGCAUUUUUUACCUUCACUUCAGGCGCAAUCAGCUCGCGGGUCCAGAUUCGGCCUCCAUCCAAAAAGCGCUCGAGGCACAGCAGCGCCGCAUGGAGGAAGCAGCCAAGGCGUACCAAGCACAGAAGGAGGCAGAAGCAAAACGCAAACGCGAGCAGAUCGACGAGGAGCUUGAAGGUCCCAAAAAGAUUAAGCUCGAGCAUCCCCAACAGCGUUCAGAGCCAGAAGCAAUCACCUCACAGCAACUGGACUCAACAGCAGGCGAAGCGUUCCUAAGCGCCUCGAUCAGGACUACCGGAGGCAUCGACCACAAUCCUCUGGCCGCCUUCGACGUAAAGACGCUUCCCCUGUCGCUCGUCAUCGACCUCAUCAUUGCCAACCUCCAAGCGCUUUCGGACCACGACCUCAAUGCUGCCAUUGCCAACAUGCGCGCAAAUCUUCCUGCAGAUGCGUCCACAUCGGCACCUGCACAACUACAGCCUCCCUCUUCUCACGCCCCACUACCGCCACAACCACCUCCGCCUGCUCCUGCUCCCGGUCCACCACCGCCGCGGCCACCCUCCACAGCGCUAGCCAAUGGUGAGCGAGUGAAAGCGGAGGCGCAGGCCGACGAAGCUGGUGAUGACGUCGUUCAGGAUCCGCUACAGAUGGACAUGGCAGAGGAGGAUCUGGAAGCAUUAGAAGCAAGCGGUCGCGAAAGAGACGCACGCCGCAGCGCUCAAGACACAGAAGAAGAGGAAGAGGAAGAACUCUCGUUGGGCGUCAUCGAGAACUUUGCUCUCGCUCCUCCAGAGUAUCUUUCACUCAGCGAAUCCGAUUCUCUCAUCAAGGACACGGUUGCAAGGAUAUGCGACUUUGGCUCGUCGGCCUCAUCUGCGCUGGCAACCGCGAACCUCACAUCCGAUGCGGGUUCUCAGGCGCUGUGGUCAACUUUGGUCAUUCGUCUUGCAACGCGUGGAUUCGCUGAAUCUCGUUCUGAUUCUGAGGCGGCAACAGAGCAGCCCGAAACCAAGAUCGUAGGCGGCGUUGAGCCGACACGCACGCUGUCCGCGCAAGCCGACAUCAUCCGCACCUUGAUGCUCGAAUUUGUCAAGGCCGACUUUGCACGUCGUACGCGGUUCGCUGUCACCUGGAUGGCGGAAGAGUGGUUCUGCGAUCGCGUGCGCCGAAAGCAGGCCGCAGCGGAUGCUACUGCGAGCAAAGAUCAAUAUCCGCUCUGGCUCGAGAAGCUCGUACGAGCAUGGAUUCCCAGCAUCGACGCCAAGGACCGCUCUCUGGCCAAGUUCCUCGCUGAUUUGCCCGAGAUCCCAUCCGCAGUGCUGGAUCUCGUCGCUGCGCUCAGCAAGGACAAGUCCAAGAUGGUGGCAGGCAUGUCGACUUUGCAGGACAUUUGCAUUUCGCGUCCUGCUCUUCGAGACCAGUCGGCGGAAAAGUUGCUGCAGCUGACCAGAAUGGGCGAAAGAUCUACAAGAGCUAGAGCUAUCAUUGCCAUCAAGCAAUGCGCUGUUGUCAACAGCACCCUUGAGGCCACCAUCCUCGCCUUUGCGCGCAGCAACCUCGACAUUCUCAUUGAAACGCCAGAACCGUCUCCAGAGCAAGCCGAGUUCAAACAAGGCGAUGACAAGUCCAACGGCGAUACGAGUGGCGCUAACGGCGCCAACGAAGCGAUCAAACCCGAUCCGGAAGACGUAGAUGGCGCUGAUCGCAAGGAAGGCGACGAGGCUGCCAAGGAGCCGGAAAAGCCAGAAUCGACCCAUCCCGUUGACAGCGACGACGUGCUGCGCUUUGUCGAACUGCCCUUCUCGCUGUGCACUAAGAUCCCCGACAUGCUCGACGAAAUCUUCGCGGCUUAUCCACGCACGCCCAAGUUUGUACAGCAGGCCAUCGAGACGCACAUCGUCAACUUGAUUCGAGCGCUCGGUUCCAACCAUCCACGCCUGCUGACGCUGCUGCGCAAUUUCCCGGACGGCGCCGACUCGCUGGCGCUGUGCAUCCUCAAGACGCUAACGGAGAAAACCCGGACACCGGCGAUCGUGGAGCUGGUCAAGGAGCUGGUGGAUACGCGCGACGUUGAUCCGCGGUUCCUGGUGCCGAUCAUGGCGGAUCUGGACAAGGCGGAGAUCAUGAAGAGGUUGCCCAAAGUGGUGACGAUCUUGGGGUCGCGUGCGCCCGAGGACCGGGCGUUGAUCAAGAGCGUGUUUCAGAGCAUUGUGCAGAUGCCACCGCAGGGUUUCGGGUCGGUUUCCUCGAAUUUGCCGCGUGUGAGGCAAACGGAGCUGCUCACGCCCGUCGAACUCAUGGGUCUGCUGCACCACGCAGAGCACGAGAUCGGACCCAAUAACACGAAAGCUGCGAUCCAGAUCUGUUUCAGCAUGACCGAUGUUUACCGCUCCGAAGUGCUCGCGGCGGUGCUCAACCAGAUCUCGGAUGAUGCAAACCUGCCGAUGCUGUUCAUGCGUACAGUAAUCAUGGCGGUAACGACGUACAAGUCGCUCUCGGGCUAUGUGGCGCGCAAUUUGCUCUCGCGGCUGAUCACCAAGAAGAUCUGGCAGAAUGCGCCGCUGUGGCAGGGAUUUAUCUUGUGCGCUAAGCAGACGGCACCGAGCUCGUUUGGUGCGUUGAUUCAGUUGCCCAAAGACCAGUUGAGGGAGGUGGUCAGUAGGCAGCCGGAGCUGAGGACGGGGCUGGUCGAGUACUUGACGGGCAAGGCGGGUGGGAACCGGGCCAGGUUGGCGACGUUUAUGGAUAUGCUCGGGCCGGAACCUGACAGCGCUGACGCGGCGGCUGCGGCGGGUGGUGCGGGUGGCGGGGAGGCCCAGAACGCUGCUGCCGCCUGA